AUGAACGCUUUACUCAGAAACUCUAUCGGCAGAAACAAAAAUCAAACGCUGUGCGCGUUAACUCGAACCUCUGGAAUCGUUUCCACGAGCAGCAGCACAAGCACAAGCACAAGCAGCAGAUUGUACCACAAAAACGUCGUCGACCAUUACGAAAAACCGAGAAAUGUCGGUGCUUUCGAUAAGAAAGACGCAAACGUGGGGACGGGUUUAGUCGGCGCGCCGGCGUGCGGGGACGUGAUGAAACUCCAAAUCCGCGUAGACGACGACGGGAACAUCACGGACUCGUGCUUCAAAACGUUCGGGUGCGGGAGUGCGAUCGCGUCUUCCUCGGUCGCCACGGAGUGGGUGAAAGGACAACACGUCGACGAAGCGACGCAGAUUAAAAACAGCGAAAUCGCCAACCACUUGAACUUGCCGCCGGUGAAGUUGCACUGUUCCAUGUUGGCCGAAGACGCGAUUAAAGCCGCGGUGAAGGACGUGAAGGAGAAGCAAGCGAAAGCGAAAGAAGCCGCUGCCAUGGCUGGUGGUGGUGGGAAGUAA